GCUUUGACUGAUGAGCUCAAAAUCUAGGGCAUCAAUGCGCGGGAUGACGGGGUUUAACAUGGAGGAGGAGAAGGACGAGGGCCACUUCGAUGCAGACGGAAACUUUGUAUGGGACGAUGAGUCCAAGAAGGUUCAAGAAGAGGCCUGGCUGGACGACGUCUCGGAGCAGCAGAUUGGUGCAGCCAAGAGCGCCAAGAGCCGACGAGAAUAUCGCGACGAGCAGGUGGAGGAGACGAUGACGGAGGAGGCAGCCAAUAGGACGCUGGCCACACUGCUUAAUCCUCGCGAGACGGUGUUGCAUGCGCUCAAGCGACUUGGUUCCAAGAAGUCGACGCGGAUGCGACCUGGUAACAAGCGUAAGCAGGCACAGAGAAGCGAGACGGAGCCAAGCCAGACUGCGGAGGAGAAGAAACAGUUUGAACAGGUCACAGAGGCUGCAGACUUCCUCCUGAGGUCAGGAGAAGUGGAUGUUUACAGUCAGAUAAAGGAGGAAUUUGUCCCUGAGGAGGAACUCAUAGCGCAGCGGAGACGUGUGCAGUUCGCUGAAGAGACGGAAGCUAAGAGCGAGGAGAAGCCACCCAAGCAAGAAGUCAUGUGGGAGUAUAAAGCCACCGAUGGACAGAUCCACGGACCAUUCCCGACUUCAAGCUUUGUGGCAUGGCAACAACAGGGCUAUUUUAAAGGAGAGAGUGCCGUCGAUAUGCGGCAACAAGAGAUGCUGAACGAUUUCGAGGAUAGUGACGGCGACGACGAUAGUCCGACUGCUUGUGACAAGGAGAAGGCAGACGAGAACCCUUGGAAACGAUCAGAUACGAUCGCUUUUUCCUCAUAUUAA